AUUUUAACAAAACAACUUCCCCUUACCUUCCCAACUCUUAUUCUGUCUUGACACAAAAGAAAACUCCUUUUCCUCUGUAUGUUCCGUCGUUCAUAGUGCCAAAGCAAAAAAUCUUCGAACUCAAAACUGAAUCAGUAAAAUUUGUAGCAUUUCACAACAAAGGAACUGGAACUUGAAAAAUGAGCAGCAUAGGAACAGGAUAUGACUUAUCGGUGACGACAUUCUCCCCGGACGGCAGAGUAUUUCAGAUCGAAUACGCCGGCAAAGCCGUCGAUAACAGUGGUACUGUUGUCGGAAUCAAAUGCAAGGACGGAAUCGUUUUGGGAGUUGAGAAGCUGAUUGCGUCUAAAAUGAUGUUGCCGGGAUCUAACCGUCGGAUUCACUCCGUUCAUCGCCAUUCUGGCAUGGCUGUUGCAGGACUGGCUGCAGAUGGGAGGCAAAUUGUUGCCCGUGCGAAGUCUGAAGCAACCAACUAUGAAAGUACAUAUGGUGAACCAAUUCCGGUGAAAGAGCUUGCAGAACGUGUUGCUAGUUAUGUUCAUUUAUGCACACUUUAUUGGUGGCUCAGGCCUUUCGGAUGUGGGGUGAUCCUUGGAGGCUAUGAUAGAGAUGGACCUCAACUAUACAUGGUUGAGCCGUCUGGUGUCUCCUAUAGGUACUUUGGUGCUGCUAUUGGGAAGGGCAGACAAGCUGCUAAGACAGAAAUUGAAAAGUUGAAGCUCUCUGAAAUGACGUGUCGGCAAGGGGUAAUUGAGGUAGCCAAAAUAAUAUACGGAGUACAUGAUGAGGCAAAGGACAAGGCGUUUGAACUGGAAAUGAGUUGGGUGUGUGAUGAGUCUAAUCGACAGCAUCAGAAGGUUCCUGCCGAUUUGUUAGAGGAAGCCAAGGCUGCGGCUAAAGCUGCACUUGAAGAGAUGGAUGCAGAUUAGUGGCACAAAGACACUUUGUUCCUUGUUUAUUCAUGCACCUAUCUUUUAUCAGCUGAGUCAAAUAGUCUUGCUCUGCCAUGUUUGAAAUUUGGCACCUGUAUGAUGAUUACUUUUAGUGAUGAAAGUGAUUGUUAUUCCCUUAAACUGUAAUCGUUACACAUAAUUUUCUAAGAUCAAGAGGAUAGGUUGCAUUCUCAUAUUGGGAAUUCUCGUUUUUAGUAGUUUUUAACUUAUAGUAAUAGGUUUCUUUGUUGUCCCACA